CUCACUCGGAGCUGUCAGUCCGGACUUGCCUCCGCACCGCGCGCCGCGCCGCCCGCUCCCCGCUGCACGGCGUGCUGCACGGUGCUGCAGCUGCACGGCGCCAAGAGCCGAGCCAGGGCAGCACCGCCGGCACGGCAGGCGCCUCCAGGACGCCGACGGCAGACGACCCCCCCGGCGCACCACCAUCUCCCCGUCUACGCCCGCACACUCCCUUCCCCGGAUAUACUCUGGCGAACUACAGAAAGUGAAUGUGAACAUAGUGGUUGAGUCAGUGAUCUGUGAUAAGUGUAACGAAAUAAGUGGAUACGCGAAACAAGUGAGCACCAUGACGAAGGCGUCGACCACGAUGGACGUCGGUUUCCAAAACCUGUCGUACAAACCGCGCUCCUGGAGGAUCGGAGGCCCCCAGAAGACGAUCCUCCACGAUGUGUCCGGCCGCUUCAAGAGUGGCGAGCUGUCUGCCAUCCUGGGCCCGUCCGGGGCCGGCAAGAGCACCCUCCUCAACGCUCUCUCGGGCCUCACGACGCGCGGCGUGGACGGCUCGCUGACGGUGAACGGCUGCCAGCGCGACCCGCGCACCUUCUACAAGAGCUCGCGCUACAUCACGCAGGAGGACCUGCUGCAGCCCAUGCUCACCGUGCACGAGCUCAUGGUCAUGGCGGCCCGGCUCAAGCUGCCGACCGGCACCAGCCGCCAGGAGCGCCUCAGGGUGAUAAGCGACAUUCUAGCCAAACUAGGCCUGCUGCACGCUUCUGCAACGAGGACCGAGAACCUGUCUGGCGGCGAGAAGAAACGCCUAUCCAUCGCCCUUGAGCUGGUCAGCAACCCGCCCGUCCUCUUCCUCGACGAGCCCACCAGGUACGCGCCGAUGAGACGGUGACGACAGGAGGUAUGG